ACUUCUUAAUUAUUAGUGGUAACAAGAAUACACCUAAAUUUACACUCAUUUUAUCCCAUUUCGCGUUCAUUUUCCGCGACAUACCAGUACAAAUGGCGCAUUUGCUGAGAUCACGUGCUUCAACAUUAUGCCGAACAAUACAAUCAAAUGCAUCCUUCACACCAAUUAGACCCUUGCCAUCGCUAUUGCAGCACCUCCAAAUACAACAACAAAGAUGGAGUUCUCAUUCGCCCCUGGGUGCGCAAUCAGAACCCUCCAGGAAAAAGGUGACGGUAGGAAGUCUCCAGUCAAUGCAUAAGAAAGGGGAACCAAUCACCGUGAUGACCGCCCAUGAUUUUCCGAGUGCGCAUGUCGCCGAUGCCGCUGGGAUGGAUAUCAUUCUCGUUGGUGACAGCCUAGCCAUGGUAGCGUUGGGCAUGCAAGACACUAGUGAGGUUACAGUCGAGGACAUGCUGCUUCACUGCCGAUCCGUCGCACGUGCCACUCGGGCCGCCUUCACUGUCGGAGAUCUUCCAAUGGGAUCGUACGAAAUAUCGCCAGAGCAAGCGCUAGAAACGGCUAUCCGAUUCGUUAAGCAUGGUCGCGUCCAGGGUAUUAAACUGGAGGGCGGAAAAGAGAUGGCUCCAACUAUUUCGAAGAUAACUAAGGCUGGUAUACCUGUCUUGGCGCAUGUAGGACUCACGCCUCAACGUCAGAAUGCCCUUGGUGGGUUCAGAGUCCAGGGGAAAACGUCCAAGGGUGCCAUGAGAGUUCUCGAAGAUGCCCUAGCAGUGCAAGAAGCCGGCUGCUUCGCGACCGUACUAGAAGCCGUCCCUGCAGAAGUCGCUACCAUCAUUACGAAGAAGCUUUCUGUCCCGACCAUCGGAAUUGGUGCUGGGAAUGGAUGCUCGGGUCAAGUACUCGUCCAAGUCGACAUGUCCGGGUACUUCCCACCCGGUCGCUUCAUACCGAAAUUUGUGAAACAGUACGGUAAUGUGUGGGCCGAGAGCUUCAUGGCCAUCGAGUCAUAUCGCGAUGAGGUGAAAACACGACAAUACCCAGCACCAGAGCAUACGUAUCCAAUUUCCAAAGAGGAAUUGGAUGCAUUCAGGCGGGAAGUAGAAAAGGCAUGACGCGAUGCAAUUAGUUCGAAUCGGGUCCCAUACCAGGGGUGGAAAUGAUUUCUGGCUUUUCUUUUUCAGGAUUAACUGGCAUAAGCAGGCGUUUGGGACGGAAGCAAUUAGGUGACAGUGCUAUUU